AUGGAACCAAGCAAUGAUUACGCACCCUGAAAAGAACCAAGCAAUGAUUAUAUAUCCUGAAAAGAACCAAGCAAUGAUUAUAUAUCCUGAAAAGAACCAAAACCAAGCAAUGAUUAUAUAUCCUGAAAAGAACCAAGCAAUGAUUAUGUAUCCUGAAAAGAACCAAGCAAUGAUUAUGUAUUCUGA